CCGGAAAGCUUGUUUCUUUCUGAUCUUCCUCGCAACGCUUGCCUUCUUGGCGAGGGGACGUGUCCGAUAGAAUGGGCAAAAGCCUGUUGUUGCGCGGUUUGGUCGGUAUCCAUGGUUAAAUGUGAUUAUGGGGAGGGUUUCGACCGGGGAGGAGGAGGAGGCCUAUAAUGAGAGGAUUGGGGAUUUUGGUGAGGCUAGGGAGGAGCCUAAAGAAGGAGGGUUAGGAAGGGAUGUUGAUGCUGGGAGGUUGUCGCCGUUGGGGGUGGACUCGUUGUGACUUGUUUUGUCUUGUGAUCCUGAUUUUGUUUGUGCGUGAUAUGGCCAACAUUGCCAUGGGCAUGUCACCAGCCAGAUUUCAGCAUGCGGAAGGGCGAAAUACUCUGGAAGGCGGUGGAUUGUACGGACGAAAGCCGAAGACAAUCCUGGAACCUGGUUUUUCAACAAAGCAGGACGCUUACGAGUCACUUGCUGCCGAAAUUCACUGCGGGUCUCUCAGUUACGGGCGGUAUCUUGGGCAGGAGCGAUUGAUCUCUGACGGAGCCGUGCUAUUGUUCCUGAGCUAG